AUAAAUCAUUUUUUCUCAUAUUCAGCAUGAGGCAAAGCAGUAUGAUACAGGCUUUUGCCAUUUAAAAAAACCUGUACAUUAAACUGGACCAGCUAAUUUGCAUUGAUUUCGAGAUUUUGUAUGAUGACUCGAGUAUAGUUAUUUUAAAAGUAAUUCACAGAACAGGUCUGUUUUUAAUUGUAAUGAAUAAGGCUAUAAUUUAAAAAUGAAUUGUUAAAAUUGUUAUUUAAUUCAACAUAAUUUGUCAUUUUAAUGUUUUUUUUGCUCAGCUACUUCAAACUAGAUUUUAUGUAGUUUGAAUGCAAAUUAUAAGCAUUCUGCUUCUAACUAGAUCAAACCCUACAAAGACAGUUUUUCUGAAAAAUCAAUAAAAAAUAUUGUUUUGCACAGAAACAUUCUAAGCGUCCCCUUGGUAACUUGGUCCAAGUGCGUAGGUAAUUUCAGCAUCAAGGCAGUUGUGAGGCUGUGAGCAAAUCUCUAUGGAUUUACGUUGUUCAGCCCGUCUCAAAUGUGAGCGCCUUCCACUCUGCGUAACACAUCUUCAUGUUUAUGACUGGCUCUCUCCGGAGAUACCUCGCGACGAUGUGUCCCCUCUCUGGUUCGUGCUAUUUUCAGCGCGAGCGCGUCACGAUGCCGUCCAGCAAACUUCAUGUGGAGUGAAAGAAGAAUUUGCUCACACCUCCGGGAUUACAGCUCACGCGUUUAUCAUGAAUGUAGACGGAUGCAGAACUUCAAAACGAUGAAUUCUACGAGCGCAGAACUACGCGAUCUGUCUUGCUCGGCUGAUGUCCUUGUUCAUGUAUGAGAGAUUAUUCGUUCAUCGCCGACUGUCCGAUCAUCACUUCUCCACUCUCAUCCCGCAGCUUUCCUCUUUUCAUCUGAGCGUCAGUGUCAAAUGGAAAUCUGAAGUGCUCCACUUUCGCAGUUUCUCACCUUUCGUAGCACAAAGGUCCCAGGAUACGCAAAUUGCCAAUUCUUCUCCUCCUGUCUAUUCCUCUUCGCUGGCUGCUCCUGGUUUCUGGAGAACACCUCCUCUCCACGCUGCCUCGGACACCGAAAACCUGCCGCCACGUCAAUCACGUCCUCACAGCUGGCUGCAGGGCGGCCCUUGUGGCCGGGAUGCCACUGUGUACCUUGCGAGUCGGCGGUGGAUCCUGAGGGGCAGGAGCUGCCCACCCAGUGCAGGGGGCAGAGGGACAAGCACCCUGACCACGACAUGAAUCUCUGCUGGAACGAGAUCAAACGCAAAUCCCACAACAUCAGAGUACGGCUGGAGGCCUUUUCGGACAACAGUGGGAAGCUCCAGCUGUCCCUGCAGGAGAUCAUUGAAUGGCAGACAGCUAAAGACGAAGAGCUGUCCGAGCAGCUGCCCAUAGGUGGUGAUGUCGGAGCGGUGCAGCACCAGCGGGAGUUCCACCAGGCUUUCAUGGAAGAUGUCAAAUCCAGAGGGCCCUACAUCUACUCGGUGUUGGAAUCAGCUCAGACCUUUCUGGCACAACACCCAUUCCAGGAGCCUGAGGAGACGUUGCCUGAUGGCAAAGAAGUCUCUCCUCGCCAGCGAAUGCUGAAUGUAAGUCGCUCCGUGUGGAAGCAGGCCAACGUGGCCAGUGACCUGUGGGAGAAGUUGACAGCGCGCUGCGUGGACCGACACCGGCACAUGGAGCGAACCCUGGAGAGGCUGCUGCAGAUCCAGGCAGCCAUGGAGGAGCUGGCUGUGGCUCUGGAGCAGGCGGAGGGAGUGAGGGACGCCUGGGAGCCUGUGGGAGACCUGUUCAUUGAUUCACUGCAGGACCAUAUAGAUGCUACCAAGCUGUUUAAAGAAGAGCUGACCCAGGUGAAGGAAGGAAUGAAACACAUAAAUGACCUGGCGCAUCAGCUGGCCAUAUCUGAUGUGCACUUGUCCAUGGAGAACGCCAGAGCUCUGGAGCACCUCAACAACAGAUGGAAACUUCUGCAGGGGUCAAUUGAAGAACGUCUUAAACAGUUGCAAGAUGCCCAUAGAGAUUUUGGACCCGGAUCACAGCAUUUCCUUUCCAGCUCUGUGCAGAUUCCUUGGGAACGUGCCAUAUCCCCCAACAAAGUGCCAUACUACAUCAACCAUCAGGCUCAGACAACCUGCUGGGACCAUCCAAAGAUGACUGAAUUAUACCAAGCUCUGGCGGACCUGAACAAUAUCAGGUUCUCUGCAUACCGGACGGCCAUGAAGCUGAGGCAUGUGCAGAAGGCUUUAAGAUUGGACCUGCUGAAGUUAAGCAGCUUGGUGGAUGUGUUUAGAGAACAGGAGCUGCAGAAUGCCGAGCAUGUGAUGGAUGUGGUCGAGGUCAUCCACGCUCUCACUUCCCUGUAUGAGAAACUUGAGGAGGAGAGGUCCGUCCUGAUCAAUAUCCCCCUGUGUGUCGACAUGUGUCUCAACUGGCUGCUGAAUGUUUACGACAGUGGUCGUAAUGGUAAGAUGCGAGUGCUCUCCUUCAAAACGAGCCUUGUUAUUCUAUGCAACGCAGACAUCCAGGAAAAGUAUAAAUACCUUUUCAGACAGGUGUGUGGUCCUGGUGGACUGACAGAUCAGAAACAUCUCAGUCUGUUACUGCACGAGGCAAUUCAGAUCCCUCGGCAGCUCGGGGAGGUGGCGGCAUUUGGAGGGAGCAACGUGGAGCCCAGUGUCCGCAGCUGCUUUCGAAUGGCUCCAGGCAAGUCAGCAAUUGAGGUGUGUCACUUUCUGGAGUGGAUGGGCCUAGAGCCUCAGUCGGUGGUGUGGCUUCCUGUUUUGCACCGGGUGACCGUGGCCGAGACAGCCAAGCACCAGGCACGCUGCUACAUCUGUAAGCAGUGCCCUAUCAAGGGCUUCAGAUACCGAAGUCUGAAACAGUUCAAUGUGGACAUCUGCCAGACGUGUUUUCUGACAGGCAGAACUACCAAGGGCAAGAAACUACACUACCCCAUCAUGGAGUACUACACCCCGACGACCUCAGGCGAGAAGAUGCGGGACUUCGCAAAGACGCUAAAGAACAAGUUCCGAUCGAAGCAGUAUUUUAGUAAACACCCUCAAAGGGGAUACCUGCCUGUUCAAUCAGUACUGGAGGUGGAGAGCUCUGAGACGCCCUGCUCAUCUCCCAGGCUGCCUCAUGCAGACACACACAGCCGGAUCGAGCAUUUCGCCAGCAGGUUGGCAGAAAUGGAGAACCAGAACUGUUCCUUUUUCACCGACAGUCUCUCUCCGGAUGAAAGUUUGGAUGAAGAUCAGUACCUCCUACGUCACUCCAGCCCCGCCCUCGAGCAGGACUCCCCCCACAGCCACCUGCUGGCCCACCUGGACUGCCAGGACAGAGAAGAGCUGCAGCACACCCUCCAGCGCCUGGAGAACGAGAACAGGGUGCUGCAGGGCGAGUAUCGGCGGCUGAAGUGGAAGCAUGAAGAGGCAGCAGCAUCGCCCCAGCUGCUGGAGUCAGGUCCAGGAUCACCGGCCGGACAGCAGGACGAGGAGCUCCUAGCUGAAGCUCGAAUCCUUCGACAGCACAAGACCCGUCUGGAGACGCGCAUGCAGAUUCUGGAGGACCACAACAAGCAACUGGAGUCCCAGCUACAUCGACUCAGAGAAUUACUGCUGCAGCCCAAAGACGACUCGGAGGCCAAUGGCUCGGCUCCUUCCUCUCUGUCCUCGCCUGUGUCAGGUGGUGACCACCAGGGGGAGCCUCCCAGCAGAGAGACCACAGACACAGAUGCUGCAGGUGAGGAUUUGGAUCACGAGCAGGACACGGUACUGCAGCUGCAGCAGGUAAUCGAACAGCUGAGGAACGUCUUCCCGUCUGAACCAGGUCCAUGAGGAACCUGAUGCAAAUCUCAGAGGCCUAUAAUUGUGCAGGUCUUGUAUUGCACAUCGUAUUGUGGGCAGGGUCUUGAGAAUACAGGGCAGGUGAAUCCAUGGACAGACGACGGGGCUACGAGAAGAGUUUCAAGACAACAUUUGCCAAUCUCAAAGAGCUGUGGGAUAUCUGAGUGCUAACUAAACAAACUAAUGUUUACAUGGUGCCAAAGGCCUGCACUGAUCCGGACACUGUGCUAUCCCGUGUAGUAAUGCAUGGUGUGUGGCUUGCUUCAUCAGUACAGCACAAGAACCACAAACAGGACUUACACCACGCAGAAGGGGAUCUCUCUUUAUGUAUCCCUUUGCCAACAACUUCUCUGUAUGUUGUUUUUUUUUUUAAUGGUUUACUAUUUUCUGUGACUCACUCAUGCACAGAAACAGAAAUAUACACAUAUACCAAUGGUAAGUCAUGCUUGGCAAUGCGUGGCCCUUGUUCUGUGAAGCAGAAAAGAGCAGAUUGUCCUGAACUGUCGGGACACACAGCAAGCUUAUUUACACUGUAAGGAUGACACAUCUUUGGUUGAGGCUAUCAUUUAUUUAAGAUGCCAAAGUGCCCAUGAGCACUGUGCUCAUGCCCUGAUGAUUCUUCUAUUUUUUUCCCUGCUCUUUCUCUCUUGCAUAUAGUACUGCUCCACUGCAAAAAAAAUUUUCUUGAUCAGUAUUUUUUUUUAUGCUCAAAUAACAUAAACAUCUUUCAAACAUCAUGCAUUACCAUUAAAAAGUUUGGUGCCAGUAAGACCUUUGACUAAACUAAGACUUUUAUUUAAACUAAACCUUAAUUCAAUUCUUUUUUUUCAGUGUAGCCACUCGUACGGACAGGAUAUAUUGAGGAGAUGAGCGGAUUCCUCAUCUCUUGGUUUUCUGGUCACAAGGGAAAGGUCUUUCAGGAAUGGAUUUGUAGUGUAGUUUUGUUGUCAGAGCACUUGCCGUUAAAUUAUAGCUGUCCAGCGUGGUAUGAACAAGAAAGUAGAUCCCCAAGGAGACUCAACGCCUGGUUCAGCCCUUUUAACUUUGGCAUGGGGGGCUCUUUUACACUCAAGUCACAGCCUGACUCAUUUAAAGCGAGCACAGGUCUUAUUAUGCCUUAAGACUUCAAAGCAAUUUUUUCUCUCUCUAAAGAAUACCAGCCUCACAUCUCUCUGUCUUAUUGUCGUCUUCCUGAUGUAAGUAUUUUGUUUACCAAAUGCUGUUCUCCAGAUCUCAGCAUUUCCACAAUCUAAGGAGGAAAAUGAAAGUGAGUGUGUGGAAGGAUUAUUUUACAUUAUGCCGAGGGAGGAGGCCAGCAAAUGGAUCACACUCUUUGUAAAAAUGAUUUUUUUUUUUUUGUGGAGUGAUUUACUGUGGGGUGUCAGAUUUAUAUGAGCAGAGUAGAUGCUGGGGGUGUAGCGAGUAGAAAAGAGAAUAAGAUAGCGAGUGGGAAGAGAAACGGUGUGAAAGAAAGACUGCAAAUGGGAGAGAAAAGUAUGUAAAUAUUCACUGUGAUGGGUUGUGGCACUGCAGCCCCUGCAAACAGGAAUAAGAUUAAUCAGAGCUGAGAGAGCAAGAGAUGUUCUCCAUUUGUUUUGGCAAAUGUGUUGGAGGUAUAGGGAUUGCUCACUCUCCCCUUCUUAAUAAAAAACAAAGUGACCCCUGUUGCACUGUUGGUUUUGCUUGAAUCCCACUGCGACAUCACCGGCUUCCUUUUGCAUACAUUGUGAUGUCAUUUUACAUCACAGUGGCGAGCUGUCUGUUUGUUUUGAUGUGGUUGCUAAGGAACUGUCCCCAAGGACAGUGCUGCAGGCUGGUCUUUAGAAAGGUGGGGUGACUUCAUAAUGGAGGAGAUACAAAUAAGCAUAUGGAGGAAGAGUGAGAGUGGGGGGACUCAGGUCCCCUCUGCCCCAAAUGCCUGCCUCUGUUUAACUUGAAUGGCUCCACAUUAAGAUCAACAUCUGGUGUUCUAUCCACAGUGACACCCAUUUAUCAUUCCAGUGUUUCAUUGGGACAAAGCACCUCACACAUACAAACGUGUAUGUUGAAGUAUGCGCAUUGCGAUUUGUAUUCUUUCUCCAGACAGUCUCAACUGAUUCAGUGCUCUGAACAUGUGGAUUGACUUAAGUAAUUUUACAUUUAAAAUAGAAAAAUAUAUGUAUUUUGGUCAUUUUGUCCCCAUUCUAAUAUCCAAACAUCCAAUAUCCAGUUUUAAGUAUGUGG